CGAUUCACAAGAACGCUUCGUGUGCGCUCUUAAAUUGCGCGGUUACCAAUUUCCAAAUGAAAGAACAGAUGAUCCCGAGCGAGGCAGUGGUUGCUGUGCUUGACAAAAACACCGGUGAUCAGAGGAGCUUUCUCUUGAAAAUGGUCCAUAUUGUUGCUGUAGGACUCUCUUUGCUAGUGAUCUGGCUUGCUCAGCCUGGAUCAAGUCUGUUUUCGUGGCAUCCAACUCUGAUGGCCUUGGGUUUCAGUUUCCUGAUGCUUGAAGCGAUCCUGAUGUUUUCACCUCAAAGUUCUCUCAUUGCCUCAGCUCCUCGUGCCACUAAGGUCAAACUACAUUGGAUACUUCAAACCUCAGCUGUAGUCGCUGCCGUGGGUGGCUUUGCUGCCAUCUACUAUAACAAAAAUAUUCACAACAAGCUUCACUUUCAAAGCUGGCAUGGAUGCCUGGGGUUAUGCACUGUGAUUCUCAUCUGUCUCCAAUCUCUUCAAGGUGUUGGAGUGUUGUACUCCAAGCUACCACUUGCCAGUAUGAUGAAGCCUAAACAAUUGAAACAACUUCAUGCCAUGUGUGGUUCACUAGUGUAUCUUGUUGCCUGUAUCACUCUUUGCCUGGGUUUUUAUUCAAACUGGUUUGUGAAGAACACCAACAUCUAUGUCCAGGGGGGGAGUGUAAUGUCAGCUAUAUGUCUGGGCAGUAUUGUGAUAGGGCAAGUUUAUACAGAGUAUGGCUUAAAGAGACGUCCAGGAACAUAAUUUAAUUGAAAAUAGGUUCAGCUAACAUCUCUGUGAAUGGACAGCCUUGGAAAGCAUAAAAAAUACUCAUAAAUUAGGCUGAUCACCGCAACAAUUUUCAGAUACAGCAGUUCAACUUUGACUAAGUUUGUUAACUCUUAAGCUCUCAAGAUUCAAUUGUAAGUUCCCCUCUAGCUGCAAUAUAUUUCCUUCUAAAUCAGUUUCAAGAAUUAGUUGUUAGAUCAAGAUAAAAAGUUAUACCUGAUAAGUUUGAAUAUUCUCAUUACCUGUUUUCAGGGUAAUGUAGGGAUACUUUAGGGAGAACUUACAUGCCAAUCACUUCUGAAAGUUAAAGCUGUUGUUAGUUGAAGGAAGACUGUCUGUCUUGGAGAGCAUUUGCAAUUCAACAUCUUAAGAUCAUAACAUAUAUUAAAUAUACUCUGUUUACAUGCAAGUGUAAUGAAUGUGAAGGAUUCAGAAGACUAAACCUGUCAACUACUAGUAUAACAUAGCUAGUAAAUUUGUGUAAUCAAAUCAAAUUGUGCAAACAUGCUUCAUACUCCUAUUGUGCCCGCUCACGAUGUCAGCAAACAAAUCCCUCAAGAAAAAAAAUUUUCCUUCGGGUUGAAAAUGUUAUAAAAGAAUUGGUUCAUACAUCAGCUGUGCAUUCAUUGAGAUAUGAAGCACUUGGGAAGUUUGGAGAACACUCGAGAAGCUAGAGUUGCUCUCAGCUACGCCUCCAGCAACUCCUUCACAUCUUUUGUACUCUCCAAACUUCCUGGGUGUUUCAUAUCUCGAUGAACGCACGCUGACGUAUGAACCAAUUGUUAAAAAAGCAGGUAUUAAAUUCUUUCAGCUGCUAUGAAUACAUUUCUUUGUUAACCCUCUAACUCCCAAGAUCUCUUUAGUAAUUCUCCUUACUGUCUGCCAUAUAAAUCUUGUGAUGUUAGUUCAGAGCAUUUGGUAUGGGAUCAACCAAUAAUCCCCUAAUAUAUAUCUUUCUUUGAUCUCAUCACUUGUCUGUUUGAUAUUGUAAGGAGAAAUUCUGUCUUGGUCACUCCUGGGAGUUAAAGGUUGAACAGCUCCAAAAAAUUUGGUGUCAUUGCUUUGAAAACAAUGUUUUUCUCUUAUCAGUUGUUUUCCAGUACUAAGGGAAAAUAAUAUUUUUAAUUGGUUCAGGAGUAGAAGGAUCGAAUGCUUGUUAACAAUGCAUUUGAUUGUUUUUCAACUGGUGCUUCUAGCUUUACCUCGCACUGCUGUUUAAAAUAUUUUUGAGGGAAAGUUUGACUGAAGAAGCCAGUUGUCCUUACAGUACUGAACAACAAAAUGUUGCUCCUAUCUGCAAUAAUGUAUCAAGUAAUCAUUUAUGUAUGGCUAUCACUUUGAAAAUAAAUAAACCAUUAUAUAUUCA